AUGCCUGUCGAGCUUCGCAAGCGCAAAGCCCCCGAGCCUGCUCCGGCUCCGGCGCCCAAGAAGGCCUCAUCCAAGGUCACCAAGGCAGCCGAGAAGGUCAAGGGCGCCGUCAAGGGCAAGGCCGAGAAGCCCGCCCAGAAGCCCGUUGAAAAGGUUGCCGAGAAGCCCGUCGAGAAGCCAGCCGCUGCCAAUGGCUCUGGCAAGAAGGUCAAGGCGGUUAAGGGUGAGACAAUCGACCUCGACGGCUUCGGCGGCGAGAUCGAGACCAACGAUGGCGAGAAGACGACCCUGAAGGAUCUCGUCGACAAGAGCAAGGCCGGUGUCGUCCUAUUCACCUACCCCAAAGCCUCGACUCCCGGAUGCACCAAGCAAGCCUGCCUGUUCAGAGACUCGUACGAGCCGCUCACCAAGACGGGUUUCGCCAUCUAUGGCCUAUCCAUGGACUCGCCCAAGUCCAAUACUACCUUCAAGGAGAAGCAGAAGCUGCCUUACCCGCUGCUCUGCGACCCAAAGGCCACCCUGAUUGGUGCUAUUGGCCUGAAGAAGCCGCCCAAGAGCACCCAGCGCGGCGUUUUCGUCGUCGACAAGGCCGGCAAGGUUCUCAUCGCCGAGCCCGGCAGCCCCUCGGGCACCGUCGAUGUCGUGACGGCGCUGAUCGAGAGCGGCGAUGACGAGGCUACCGAAGAGGCCGCGACCGAGGCCCCUGCCGCCGAUGCCAAGGAGGAAGAGCCGGCCAACGGAGAGGCUAAGGCUGACGAGGAGAAGAAGGAGGAUGUCGCCGAUGAGGCCGAGAAGAAGGAUGAGAAGAAGGACGAGUAA